UGAUUUCCGCAGGCUUAGACCGGGGAAAGUUGUUUCCUGAAGUUGACACUGCGCUGAUCAUUUCCACACUGAACUCCCGCUGCUCGUCCACAAUGGCUGCCGCAGCUCUCUGGGACUCUUCAUAGACGGUCCCCCGCCGGUGAGCUCCUGUCUGACGAGAGGAUGAGCUCCGAGGGUGAACACUCAGAGGCCGGCCUGCAGGCCCAGCUAGCCGAGUGCCGAGCUCAGGUCAAACACUGGGAGGGUGUGGCGACGAUCUGUGAACUGAGCAAACAGGAGGAACUAGCAGAGCUUCAAAAACAAUGUGAUCAAGAGAUCCAGUCUCUGCAGGAGGCUCUCAGAGAGACAGCAGCGCAGUACGAGGCCAGAAUAGCAGUUCUUCAGUCUCAGCCUGUGGAGUGGAAGAGAGCCAGUGGACAGUCUGUGACCAGUGGAAGGAGAGCCAGGAUGGAUGCAGAAGUCGCCAGCAAUGACUCCCGAUCCCCGAUCACCAACAGCCAGACAGAGGCCGAGGCCACGGCAUCGACAGACAGGAGGCACAACCAACCAGCGGAGCUCGAGGCGGCGGAGGGAGAAGGGACAGCACUUACGGCAGAAGGGUAUUUUUCAUUGCGACACUGCGACUCGGCCUCGUUGUCCUCCUUCUCCUUAGACACGCCCUCUCUGCCCAGAAAACUCCACGCUCAGGACGACACCGACUCUCUGGUCUCCACAGGAACUUUGGUGCCUGAAGCCAUCUACCUGCCGCCAGCUGGACACCGGCUGGUCACGCACAGCGACUGGGAUGCACUCAAUGCUCAGGUGUCAGAGCUGCGAGGGGAGGUGAGUCGGCUGGAGGCUGAGAAGGAGGAGCUGGAGAGAGAACUGGAUACACAGACGAACCACACACACAAACAGGUAUCAAUGCUCCAGUCUCAGGUCCACACUUCCGAGGCCCUACUCCAGGAUUUACAGAAGUCUUUUAGCCAAUCACAGAAUGCAGUCCAGAGUCGGCUGGCAGAAUUAUCAUUUUCCCAGAGGAAGAUGUGCAGUGAGCUGUCCAGACUGAAAGGAGAGGAGGUUGAGGAUGAGGGACCAGAGUCCAGCUCAUCAUUCCCACCAACACUUCAGGGGGCGCACUGUGAGGAGCGUCUUCGCAUUGAGAUUGUCAACCUGAGGGAGCAGCUGGACACCCGGACAGAGGAGAAUGAGGUUUUAGAAGUGCAGCUGUCCAGUCUGAAGACAGAGACAGAGAGGAUCCAGGCCCAGAAGGACCAGUUGCAGGCUGAACUGCUGGCCUGCCGCACUGAACUGGAAGCCCUGCGGGUGGCACUCUCUCAUGUGCAGAGCACCAACAAGGCCCUCAGUAGUGAUAAAGCGGCGCUGCAGCAGCAGUGUCUGGAGCUGCGUAGCCAAGUCAUCAGUCUGCGCUCCCAGGUCGACACCAGCCAGACUGUACAGAUGGACUUUGUCCAGCUCUCCCAGUCACUGCAGGUGAAGCUGGAGUUAAUUCGGCAGGCUGAGAGUUUUGAACAAGUCAAGGAAAUCCUGGAAGAGGGAGUCAGUGAAGCUGGUUCCCCUCCUGCAGAUGCCUCGUGAGUUAUACAGUCACACUGGAACCAAAGAGCACAGACCAAGAGAAAACAUCCCAAGAGUGACCAAUAAGGGCCAACUAACCAUUGCCACAUGUCGUGACCACUGGGAUUAUCACAGCUGGUGCUGCUAGCACUGGUAACAUUGGAUGGAUACUCCUAAAGAGGCAUUACUCCUUUGUAUGUUUCAGAGAUGAUGGUUUGGUGUCACCGGAACUGUUUCUUAGUGACCAAAGUGAUUUUUGAUGAACCUUGAAUGCUUUGGAGACACAACAUUCCCUUUUUCUUACAUCCAGUAACACGUUUAUUCCUGUAUUAAAACAUAUGUAAAUGUAUUAUGUAGAUAAAACUGACAUGACUCCAGCAAAACACUCGACAGUCCAACACUUUUUUUACACUGUAUCAGUAAUUGAUAUUCAAAUUACACAAUCAAUCCCCAUGCAAACUUUUUCUGUGAAGAAGGACCUCUGAAAGCAAUGGAUAACAGUGCAAUAAUGAAGAGCUAUAAAGUAGAGAAACUCUCCUAAAUUAACUGAACUUCAGAUGGGAUAUUUUAUUAUAUGCAUUAAUUUGCCAUCUUUUUAUUCUAGCCUAGCAUUGUUAACUAUUCCUUUUCUAACUACAACUCAUGAUCGCUUUUAGACAAAUUGAUUUGGAUGAGGACGAGGACACAAGUAAAAAUCGAUGAAGAAAUGUGGAGGUGUAAUAUCUCGUCAGUCUGUUUUGUGUUAAUACAUAUUGAGAAGUAAA